GUCAGCCACAGAUGUGAAGCCAAGCUCUGCCUCUUUCCUCCUUCUCCCUCCCACUACCCUUUCCCCCUUCCCAUCUCUCUCUCUCUCUCUCUCUCUCUCUCUCUCUCUCUCUCUUCUCUCUCUCUCAGACAUUCUUCUUUUCUUUCUAUUAAUGCUGCCCUUCUGCAUAGAGACAAGCCCUGCUAAAGCCGUGGUCUUCUUUCAAAGCAAACAGCAGAGGAAAAAAGGAGAGAAGCACUGGUGUGCUGUGAUUUUAUUUUUAUUUAUUUAUUUAUUUAUUGCUUGGAGGAAGACAGGGGGGAGGAUUCUUAGGGGGGCUUUUUUGCUUGGAUUUUUUUUUUAAAGGAAAGGGGAGAGGUCUGGAAGAACUGCAGAUGCUUUGAAUUGUGCCUCUGUUUCCAAGGAUUAAAGGAUGAAUAGGCACGGCGAAGGAGAAAAGAGGCGAUUCAAGCAACCAGAAUAAGGCCUCCCUCGGAAAGGGACCCUGAAGUCUGCCCUGGCGGCUCCUGCGACGCUCGAGAGCAACGGCCCCCCGGUGGCAGCCUGCCCCCUCCCCGGUGGGCCAACCUGCUUGUGCAAUGGGUGGGUUGUGAGCGCUGGUAAUGAGGAGCUGUGGGUCCCAUCGGUCUUGGAGAUGCCGAAGAGACGCGACAUCCUGGCUAUCGUGCUGAUAGUUCUUCCCUGGACGCUGCUAAUCACCGUCUGGCACCAGAGCACCAUUGCUCCGCUGCUUGCCGUGCACAAGGAUGAUGGAGGGGACUCCCGUCGCGACUUCUCCCAAGGUGCAGACUCGAAGGAGUACUGUCUGUCUGACCGUGAUAUCGUGGAGGUGGUUAGGACAGAAUACGUCUACACCCGCCCGCCUCCUUGGUCAGAUGCCAUGGCUACCAUUCAUGUCAUCACGCCCACCUACAGCCGGCCCGUCCAAAAGGCAGAGCUGACGCGGUUGGCAAACACUUUUUUGCACAUCCCCAACUUGCACUGGAUCCUGGUGGAGGACUCCCAGCGGCGGACCCCUCUGGUCACCCGGCUCUUGAGGGACACUGGGCUGAACUACACUCACCUCAACGUGGAGACCCCACGCAACUACAAACUGAGAGGGGACAUGAGGGAUCCCCGGAUCCCCAGGGGGACAAUGCAAAGGAACCUGGCCCUCCGGUGGCUGAGAGAGACCUUUAAUAAAAACAACAGCCAACCUGGGAUUGUUUACUUUGCGGACGACGACAACACCUACAGCCUGGAACUCUUUGAGGAGAUGCGUUCCACAAGGAAAGUCUCUGUAUGGCCCGUGGCCUUCGUGGGCGGCUUGCGCUAUGAGUCGCCCAAAGUGAACGCUGCUGGGAAAGUGUACGGCUGGAAGACUGUCUUCGACCCGCACCGGCCUUUUGCCAUUGACAUGGCGGGCUUUGCUGUGAACCUCAGGCUCAUCCUCCACCGACCUCAGGCUUACUUCAAACUGCGAGGGGUGAAGGGUGGCUACCAGGAAAGCAGCCUGCUCCGGGAGCUGGUAACCCUGAAUGACCUUGAACCGAAAGCUGCCAAUUGCACUAAGAUACUCGUCUGGCACACGAGGACAGAGAAACCUGUGCUGGUGAAUGAGGGGAAGAAGGGCUUCACAGAUCUCAACGUGGAAAUCUGAGGUCACACAGCAAAAAACGGGGGGAAAUAGAAAAAUAUUAACAGCACGUUCCUUCUUGUGGAGUCUCAAGCCAGCCGCCCAGUCUCCAGAAACAGUUGGGGCACUUUUUAACUUAACGGGAGCAACCAAGAGGAACCACUAAACUGAUCGAAACUGCUUAGACUCUCCUGAACUUCCUCGCAGACUCUUGAACAAAGAAGGGAAACCACACAACUGACCCUCUGGAGACAAACCAGUCAAGCAAGCAAACAAAAGCACAGUAGCCGUGAAGUUGGUAUCACUUUUGGUCCAGGAUGCAGAGGCUCAUUGGAUGCUGCAGGAGGAAGGUGCAGACGAUGCUCCAGGAAGAAGCUGUGCCUGGAACGCCCCCGUCAGGAGCCAAGGUUCAGACCAAGGAAAGGGCUUCCAUGGGACAUUAAUAACGACAACGGUUGCUAUUUGGACCAACUGUUCCCCCCACUCUUGCCCUCCCCAGGAGGUAUGAACUGCUUACAAGAGCACAACCAGGCACAGCAGCUCUUGAGUUAGAAGGGGAAGCUGCCUUUGGCAGUGGCCCAUUUGCUCAUGGAUUAUAUUAUGCUAUAAAAGACAGUUGGAUCUGGCCAGGAGUGGGGAGAGAACAGACUGCCGACUGUAAACUAGCAAAUAAUCACAGUAGCCCUUUCCCUGCAAUCUGUACCUCAUAUGUCGGCUCUGGGAGAGGAGGCUGUGCCUGCCUGUGUUGUGUAGCCAUUACAGCACCCACAUUAGGGUGCUUUUCACCCAUGCCUCCUACCCUAUCCAUUGGAAUAAUUGGACUGACCCUUCUGAGCUGUCCCAGCUGCACAUAUUCUGUAAGGCACAUUGGGUUUUCCCAACAUGUGUGCCCAUAAGGUUAGCAAAGGGCUGGUGAGUGCUGCUUGCCCCCGCUGCCAAUCAGCCAAUGCUGCUGGGGAUCCUUCCCAGCAACUGGCUGGCACAUUAUUUUGGCCCAACUGUCACUUUUCAGGGAAAGGACAAAAAAGUAGCAGGUUCCUUCAUAUGAUCAGUUCCCAAGCUAAGAUUCUGUAGAGCACAUACCAUCAAUUUCAAAUAUGUGUCCUCUGGUUGCAGACAAAUGGCAAACAUGUGAUGCUAUCAAUGGGACAGCUGGGGGGAAACCAAUGGGGCUUAUGUGGGCCCAGGUCAAAGCCACAGAUGCAAGCUGGCAGUAGUGAAACCUGCUGCCUAAAGCCAUCUGUGAGGGAUGUUGGGUUCCCUCAGGGGCAGUGUUCCCUGUAAGAGGGAUUCCCAUAUGACUACAACUCUCAUAAUCCCCAGCCAAAGGCCAUUGCAGCUGGGAAUUCUGGGAGUUGUAGUCAACAUCUGGGAAGCCUUCUUACAGGGAACACUGCUCGGGCAGUUUUAGUUACACACUGGUAAUACAAAUGGGGGCAGGUUUUGAGGUGGGAGGAGUGGUUGACAUACUGCACAAGGGUACAUCCACUCAGUAAUGUUGCAUGUAUUGCGCAAAUGACAUUACAAAAGAGUAAUAAAAAGAACAACUUCAUUUGUUAGCUGCCCCAUAACAAACUGGGCUGCUCACAAUAGAAUUCAAAAUAUGCAGUUAAUACAAAUAAAACAAAAAAUUGGCAUAAAAUAUAAAAUAUCAUUAUUAUAUACCAUUAUUAUAUUAUUAUUUUAUAUAAAAUACAAAGUACAAUAUACAAACAUUUUAAAAACUUUUUAAAAGCCUAUUUUAAAAGACCCGAGUAAACAGAAAGGUCUUCACUUGGCAUCUAAAAGAACAAAGUGACAACCCCAGGCAACCCUUACUGGAGAGGCUAUUCCAUGAACGGGGUGCCACCACCCAACAGACCCUCUCCCUAGUAGCCACCUGCCUCACCUCAUUUGGCAGGGACAUUCUGAGCAGGGCCUCUGAAGAAAAUCUCAAGGUCUGGGUAGGGACAUAUGGGGCAAGGCACUCUCUCAGGUAAUGUGGUCCCAAGCCAUUUAGAGCUUUCAAGGUUAAAACCAGCACUUUGGAUUGUGUAAUCCCUUUAUUUCCAUUGGUCUUACUCUUCUGUAACAUCAUUUGGGCAACUUAUUUGCACAACGUGCAUGCAUGCAACGUUAUUUAUUUAGUAUAUUUGCAUACUGCCCCUAACUCAUGUCUCUGGGCAGUUUACAAUUACUGCCGACUUACCUUUGUGCCGUGUAUCAGUUGGUAAUCUAUAAGAGCUGAUUGACACAGCCUAGUCUACUCAUGCAGCAGAAUGGGGUGGUAGAAUCCUGAAGUGGGCUGUAUUGUUUUAAAUUGCCAGUGAAUGACCACCUGUCUGAAUGCUCAUGUUAAAAGCAAAAAGCAAAACUCCCUGCAAGCAGAAAUCUAGCACAGCAAAGGCUGAAAACCUUUCUCCCUGAUGUGCUAGGUCUUUUCAAAUUUCUUGCAGGGUUCUCCCCAUGCCCCACUCCUAAUAUGACAGAGCAUUCACACAACUGGUAUCUUCUGAUUGCAGUCAGAAGCAGCACAGUUCAUUCUAUCAGCUCAAGAUUGUACCAGAUGCAUAGACCUGUCCCACACUAGACAGAAUGAUGUGCUAGCAUUUUGGCCUGUUCCACUGCAGACUGUGAGUGCGUGCAUGUGCAUUUUUGAUUACUCUCCCAUGUAACAAUACUUCAGGGAAAGCGCUAUGCUCAACCUCUCUAAAGUCCUUAGUGGCCUACCUGCAAAGUUGGAGAGUUUGACAAUAGGAACAUACUGGUAGUCUGAACUGGAUAGCCCAACUCUUUUUGCAUAAUGCAUAGAUUUGUACUCCUCCUCCACUCCCCCCCCCACCCCGCUUGGAAGUGGAUGAGAACGAACAUGAGAAUGGGUACUUGCUGGGAGAAUUUUCUUCAGGUACCCAUGGGGAGGUAGGACUGUCUGCAUGACCUUGGAGCAAAGAUUGAGGAUUUUUAAAAGAUGUUUUUAAGACAGCCUGUAUACGGUCCGGCUGCUGCUUGUAAACCAGAUGGAGAUCUCGCGGCAUGGCUCUUAAGAUGAAGGAGGUUUGGCUGGAUCCCAGCAGAAACAGCUGUUGCUUUGCUCAUCCCAGGUACCGAGAAUUAAAAGAGAGACACAGUACUGUAUAUUUUUUAAAGGGAUCAACGGAAGUUGGUCCAGUGGAAGACAAUCACCUUUCUUAAUCAGUCAACAUGCUUCAUGCAGACACCUCUACAGAUUCAGAUGGGAAGAGGGUCAAGGAAGUAACCUUUUCUCUGGGCUAUAUUCCUCCUUGUUGGAGCCAGGGGCCCACUACGAGGGUGGAAGGAUGUCCUCACAGAGUGGCUGGAGAAUAACUGCACUGAAGCUCUGUCCCACAGCCCAGUGAGAGCACAGGAGGAGGGAGAAGUGAUGUUUACCUCUCUCCCCUUCCUCAUGCCUUUUUUGCUUACAGGAAUACAUCCCUGAGGGUCACACAGCCCUCAGGGACCUAUUCAUGGAAGGAGAAAGGGCUUCUUUGAAAGUGGCUCCCCCAGCACCCAUGCUGAGCUAAAUAAUAGCUUCAACACAGCUAUUCUUCAGCUACUCUGCGAGGACGGAACCCUUCUUUCAUCCUUGUGGUGCUGCACAAGUUGUGGGACACUGAAUGUAGUGGAGUCAACAGGAUCAGAGUAAAUUAUGAACCUUGGCAAGUUGAUGAGCUCACCGAGAAUGAAGGUGGGGAAGGUGGGCUUAUUGGGUGAACAAAUUAAGUUCUGGCUAUGUGCAGCUAUGCACUUCGGAGAAAAUGAUUCUCCCUCUUCUCCCCACACCCCACCCAAAAUGCAGAAAACCACAUCCAUACUUAGUGCUUGCCUUGACUCUUGCUUGCUCAAAGGGAGAGGAUUUCACACUACAGUUCCAGGUUUGUACAGGAUCCACGUGAGAGUUGGUCUCCAAAAACCACAGAGGCUGUGUUCAAACUGUUCCUGCAAAGUGGGGUGGAAUUGAAGCCCCCCCCCCCCCCACCAAAAAAAAAAAUCCCUCCACAAAGAAAACUAGCACAUGAGGGGGAAGGGGAGGCUAGAAUGUGCAGUAAAUUUGGUUGAUUUGUUGAUAUUUGGGAGCACACUUAAUUAGUGAUCGCCUCACUGAAGUGGUAGAGACAAAGGAACAUUCUGACCAUCUGAUUUGCUGACUGCCUAUACUAGCUCCAACAGUCUCACUUGCUGAAUUGUGAAGGUAUAUCCCAUGAUGCACUGCACUAUUGUUUGCAAACAGUCCCUGUCAGACCACAGGUGACUUCCGCCGACAGCUAAAAGGCCGGAAGAAAAAACAGACUAAUCCAUGCCAGGAUCAUAUCAAGUCACUUGUCUGGUGCAGAGGGGAAGAAUGGGAACAGUGGGGCGCUCUCACAGUGACUUGCUUGCAACUUGGAUACAGCCUGUGUCAGUCUCCAGCAAAACUGAAGACCAAAGACCGAUCCAUCCAUUCCCCUGCCCUCUUCAGGAUUCCUUUUCUAAAUGGCCUCUCUAAGAUCUUGGUUAAACUUCUGCCAUCUAAAUGAAUCCCACUGACUCCUGGCUUUCUUUAAUUUUUUUUUUUAAGCGUUUAAAGCACAAUUGUACCUGCCAGAUAAAGGGACAGCAGUGAAAUCCUAUACAGGAGAAUGCACUUUUGUUUUUAAACCCUUAUACAAACAUAGCUAAGAUGAAUAGACCAUGUGGAAUCAGGUCACUCUUUGGACUAAUGACACAUCUCGAUAUUUCCUGAUACUUAAAAAAAAAUAGACACACGUUUGUUUAGUUUCUUUUAAUUUACUGCAGUAUUUAUCAAAACAAUCAAUGGAAAAAAACCAAGCAAUUCUUCCUUUAAACCGAUAAGGCUUUUUUUCUUUUUUAAAUUUCCAACUAUGAAAAACUCUGUAAUCUUUUUUUGAAGGAAAAAAUGCAAUCGACUUAAAAUUCAAAACUCAACCGUAUGGAUGUGGGCUUUCAGGACCUCCCGUGUGGAUUUCUACUCUGCUGAGAGCGGGAGUCUUCAGCAUUCUAACACAGAGCCCAGAUCUAGCUUAUUGAGAAUUCAGAGGCGUUUAUUUUUUUUAAAAAAAAGAA